CGGCGGUGACGUUUCGCGGCAGUUGCUGUAAACUGCUAAAAUGUCAAACUUGCAGACUGAGCGUCGCCAGCCAGGCUUGCGUCAUUAACCGGACCAAACCGCAGCACGGCCUGCAGUAUCCCUCCGCCUACCACCUCAAGGUGGGAAGGCGGCGGAGGGAUCUGGAGCACCGGCGCUGCGGUUCCAGCCAGCCUGACGCCGCCGUGGCUGCUGUGUGGCGCUCCGGCUUGGAGCCUGCAAGGAGCCCAGCAGACUCCAGCGGGCCGGCCCGCCUCGGACCUGCGGCGACUUUUAUUUUGAAACCCUGACAACGGAUGCCCUCCACUCAAGUGGGCUUCCACAGUGCAAACGUGCACCUUCACUGACUUCAGUCGUGACGCACCGCGUGGACUACUUACAACUACAAAUCCGACCACUAACGUGUAGUGGGCGUGAGGAGGAAGAAGAAGAAGAAGAGGAGGGUUGGGGGGGCUGGUGAUAAAGCAUUAGUAUGGACCUGCUCACUCCCGAUGAUGAUUUUGGCUCCUGGGCGUCUUCACGAGAGAAAGAGAAACGCCACAAGAGGACCUUUCUCUGCCUCCUCCCCUUCCUCCUCCUUCUGCCUGGAAAAGCCUUCCUCUUCCUCAUCACCAGCAUCUUCUCACCUCUCUUGACAGGACUUGACAGAAUCACCUGCGCACUUUUCAGCACUGCAUUUGGCGCAGGUCAAAAGGAUGCGGCAAACCUAGACCGGGAUCAUCUCGAUUCUGAGCAUCGGGAGCAAAAAGCGACCAUGAACUCAUCCACGUCCAUCACGUCACUCUUCUCCUUUACCAGCCCGGCCGUCAAGCGUCUGCUUGGCUGGAAGCAGGGCGACGAAGAGGAGAAGUGGGCUGAGAAAGCUGUGGACUCCCUGGUCAAGAAGCUCAAGAAGAAAAAAGGAGCCAUGGAGGAGUUGGAGCGAGCUCUCAGCUGCCCCGGACAGCCCAGCAAGUGCGUGACCAUCCCUCGCUCACUCGACGGGAGGCUGCAGGUGUCGCACCGCAAGGGCCUGCCGCACGUCAUCUACUGUCGCGUGUGGCGCUGGCCGGACCUGCAGUCGCACCACGAGCUCAAGGCGCUGGACUGCUGCGAGUUCCCCUUCGGCUCCAAGCAGAAGGACAUCUGCGUCAAUCCGUACCACUACCGUCGCGUGGAAACGCCAGUGCUGCCGCCCGUCUUGGUGCCACGCCACAGCGAGUUCAACCCGGAGCACAGCCUGCUCGCCAAGUUCCGCAACGCCUCGUUGCACAAUGAUACGCUGAUGCCGCAGAACGCCGCCUACCCGGAGUCCUUCCCGCCGCUGCCGGGCUCCUCGUCCUCCUUCACGUCGGCGUCGCCGUCCUCCUCGUCUCACGGACGCUCGCCCGUAUCGCAGGGUUACCCCGACUCGCCCUGCAGCCCCACCGAGCCGGGUAGCCCCUACCAAAUUGCAGAGACUCCCCCUCCACCGUACAGCAUGAUGGAGUCGAGCCCCCAGGAGGACGUGAAGCCCUGCAAUGCCACAGAAGUCACCAAGCUCACCUUCUCUGCUCCACAUAGAGAUUUGCGUCCAGUGUGCUACGAGGAGCCCGAGUACUGGUGCUCCAUCGCCUACUACGAGCUGAACAACCGGGUGGGCGAGACGUUCCACGCGUCCUCGCGCAGCGUCCUGGUGGACGGCUUCACUGACCCGUCCAACAAUAAGAACCGCUUCUGCCUCGGCCUGCUGUCCAAUGUCAACCGCAACUCCACCAUCGAGCACACGCGCCGACACAUCGGAAAAGGCUUGCACUUGUACUACGUGGGCGGCGAGGUGUACGCCGAGUGCUUGAGCGACAGCAGCGUGUUCGUGCAGAGCCGCAACUGCAACUUCCAACACGGCUUCCACGCCACCACCGUUUGCAAGAUCCCCAGCGGCUGCAGCUUGAAAAUCUUCAACAACCAGCUUUUCGCGCAGCUGCUCGCACAGUCGGUCAACCACGGCUUCGAGGUGGUCUACGAGCUCACCAAGAUGUGCACCAUCCGUAUGAGCUUUGUCAAGGGUUGGGGGGCGGAGUACCACCGCCAGGAUGUGACCAGCACCCCCUGCUGGAUUGAAGUGCACCUACAUGGGCCCCUGCAAUGGCUGGACAAGGUGCUCACCCAAAUGGGUUCCCCACACAACCCUAUCUCAUCCGUGUCGUAGUAAGCAGACGGUUGAAGUUUGGAAGGAUGACAGCGCGGCGUCUCCAGAAGCUUCCCAGGAUGACGGUCCUUGUUUACCGAGAGACUGACUUUCAUUUGGCUUCUUGAUAGCUUUGUGUUUUCUUGCAUAUUCCCGCGGCACUUCUAGAACAGGCAACGCUUCCUGUGUGAUUUGUCCUUUAUUAUUAUUUUAAUGUACUGACCAAUGUUUGCUUGUACUUCCAUUAAACUUUUUUUUUUUUUU